UUUCCUCUCUCGAUUGCAACACUGUAGUGCCGCAGAGAGAGAGAGAGAGAGUAGCUCACACUCGCUCACACACUCACUCACUCACACUCGCAGAGACUCCGGGGGACUCGAGGAUUUUGCAACAAGAAAGGAGAAAAAUCCUGGAACUCGGAUUACCGACAGGAGGUAGUUGGGAAUCGUCCCCUUCCAGCAAACGUGAAGACUUCGACCUGGACUGAACUUGACCUGAAAUUAACAAGCAACUCACGCCCCCCCACCACACCACACUCCUUGGCCUCGGCCGCUGUUUUCGGUCGCUCUCGUUGCAAAAAAAAGGGGGUGGGGAGGAGUAACCCCAAAUACUUUGAAAAAAAAGGCGACUUUGCAACGUCGAUCCACCGUCAAGAGGACCCGGCUCACUCACACAAUAGUCACCUGAAACACCAUGGAAUACAUGGCGAGUAAAGCGGAUCCCGACGGCAAGUUGGAUGUGGAUAAAUCUCGGUGUGAUUCGGGUUUGGUUGAAUCGCUCGGAGAGCCCCAGGAGCCGGCGAGCAAAGUGAAGGUAGAGGAAGUGGAGGAGGAUCAGUUUGACUCCAGUUAUGGCUCCUCGUGUCUCUCUGAUCGCCUGGAUUCCUCGUACGGCACCUCGUCCAUCACUGACUCGCUGUCUGAAGCCCUGGACAAGUCCUGUCGGAUCAGACAUGAGGACAACAAGAAAGGAGCCACCGAAUCCAGGGACAAGACAGUGACAGACUCUCCCCUGGAUCCUUACACUUUCCUGGGGGAAGAUGGGGACACCAUUGUGCACCUGGCAGCGAUUCACAAGGCAGAAGCAUGCGCCCUGCACUUCAUCAGUUUCUUCUCUGUGGAGGUGCUGGAGAUUCAGAACGACUUGUUUCAGGCUGCCUUGCACCUGUGUGUGUACACUAACCAGAGCUGCCUGGUGCGGGCGCUGGUGCUGAGGGGAGUGAGUCUGGAGCAGCAGGAUUGGCACGGCAAUACCCCACUGCAUCUGGCCUGUGAGUAUGGGCUGGUCCAGUGUGUCCAAGCCCUGACACAGCAGCCCACAGCGCAGGAGAGAGACAACCUCCAACACCUCUGUCUCGGACCCAGGCACCAGGACUUGGAGCUACAGAACUGGCAAGGUGUGACAUGUCUACAUGUGGCAACACUGGGCAGAAACCAGGAGAUAAUGGAACAUCUUCUCCAGAAUGGGGCAAACGUUGAUGCACAGGAUGGUACAAGUGGGAAGACGGCACUGCACCUAGCAGUGGAGCUGCACGAGGCUGCGUUGGUGUCUCUGUUGUUGCGACACAACGCUGACGUGGAUGCCGUGAUGUACAACGGCUGCACCGCUCUGCACCUGGCAGUGGGCAGGCAGGACACGGGCAUCGCCAGCGCCCUGUGCCAGGCAGGAGCUGACACCUUCCUGCCCAACGUGGAGGAGGAGACCCCGCAGGACCUGGCGGCCGGUAAUGUGGACAUUCUGGCCUUGUUUCCGUUUGACGAUGUGAAGCUGGGAGGCCAGCCAGUCCUCUGUGCUGACUUCUAACCUGCGGAAAGACAGUCUGAGGAAAGAACUGUCUAUUGAAUAUUUUCGGGGCAGAGGUGGGGGGGUUGGAGGUUUGAGGGUGGGGAGAGGAACAGGGAGAUGAUUGGAAAAAAUCCUCCUCUAUUCGUGAAUAGAUACCGGAAGGAAACAAAACGAGGCUGACGCAAGGACCAGCUGUUUGAAUAUCUGAGCACCAAACUAAGCGUGAGGACCUCAAGCUCUGAACAUGCAGAAGCCUAGAGAGAAAGAGAGAAUGUUGCUUCUCUUCCCUUCCACCCAUCACCACCUCUCUUUCCCUCCUAUACCUCCCCCACCCACCCUGCCAAAGCCAAUUGCAUUCACCAGGACUGCUUUGUCCUGAAAUGCUCUUUUAUUUUUCACCAACGGAUCCGUUAACUUUGUUUGCCUCCUGACGCUAGCAGACUGGAUUAACUUCAUCAAGGGACCUUUUCUAGUUGUUCCAAUGAACUUCGGAGCUGUGAAGAUCACCCUGAAGUCUGUCUGCUGGUGAGAAGCAGGCUAGGGAUGGCUUGACUUAUGCGGAAAUGGAUUGACCCAUGUCCCAAGUGGUGGUUAGCAAAACGGUGCCCCAUGCCCAUGUGUCAAUCUUGCUAAAGACAAGAUGGCCUUAGAUUUGGCCAGCGGGAAAGUAUUUAUUAUAACUUGUAAGUUUAUGUGUGUGUGUGUUUUUUGGGGGGGUAGGUAGUAGGUAAGGUCAGAGUUUGUAAUCCUUUAUCGUGUGACCUAACCUCAUUUGUGGUUCAAGGAUUGGCAGAGUUGGAAGCCAGCAGCUGGGAUGGUGGGGUUGGGGCAGGAGUGGUGCCUAUGCCAUUGGCUGCCACCCCUCACCCGCUUGUACCUCAUAAUAAACAGUUCAGCUGCUGCCUUUCAAGAA